UCUUGAUUCUGCAAUUUCUGCCGACUGCAGAACACAUUGAGCAGUAAGUAAUUCAUCGCGUCAUUCGACGUUUUUUGAUUUAUAGCCAUCGACGCUAGUGCUUGCGUGGCAGAAGACGCUCUUUCUUACGAUUACAUAUUUGAAUGGGUAUCUGUUUUCUAUCCAAAAUAUAGAAUGGGCGAGUCCAGGGAUCGUUUGUCCAGAGUGUCUUCUGCGUUCCGGGAUAAGUUCGGAGAAGAUCCGCACUUCGUAGUGCGUGCUCCUGGCCGAGUGAACCUUAUUGGCGAGCAUAUUGACUACCAUGGGUAUCCUGUCCUUCCCAUGGCCAUCAGUCAGGACAUCGUUAUGGCGGUUACGGUGCCGCAUGAUGCCGCACAGGGACUUCGCUUGUGCAACGUCCAAUCCGACCGCUAUCGCGACUUCACCAGCUCGUUAGCCGAAUUCAAUUUCAAUCACAUGAGCAAACCACAAUGGCACCAUUAUGUCCUGUGCGGACUGAAAGGUGUGCAGGAGCAGCUUCCGGUUGGAAAGCAGCUCAGGGGAAUGCGGAUUAUGGUCGAUGGCAGCGUUCCUCCCAAUGCCGGCUUAUCCAGUUCCAGUGCGCUGGUAUGCUGUGCAGCCCUGGCAGCGAUGAAAGCUAAUGGAUUAGAUAUUCCAGCGGAUGUAUUAGCUACGAUAUGUGCCAAAGCUGAGCAUUAUAUCGGGACAGAGGGCGGCGGGAUGGACCAAGCAAUCUCAUUCUUGGCUCAGGCCGGCAAAGCUAAAUUGAUUGAAUUUGAUCCGCUGCGUUCGAGUGAUGUUGUAUUGCCGGAGGAUGUUGUUUUCGUGGUAGCUAAUUCCUGCGUGGAGCUGAAUAAGGCCGCUACCAAUCACUUCAACACACGGGUGGCGGAGGGCCGUAUUGCCGUACAAAUAUUGGCCCAUAUUCAUAAUCUCGAUUGGCGGACUAUUAAAAAGGCUUCCCAGCUGCAGAAACAAUUGCAUCUCUCCUUGGGACCACUGUUGCAUUUGGUCGAUAAGACAUUCAAGCCCGAGCCCUAUUCAAGAGCGGAUGUCUGUGCGUCAUUGGGGAUUAGUGAAGAGGAACUGCAGACCCACUGUUUGUCGGCUUCUACGCAGAAUCUACAGACCUUUGAACUCCUGAAAAGGAUACGGCAUGUCUUUAGUGAAACGGAUCGUGUCAAAGUUUUUAAGGAAACGUGUGAAAUCGGAAAAGGUGCUGAUGGUAAACACGAGUGUGCCAAGCGAUUGGGUGUGCUGAUGCAGGACAGCCACAUUAGCUGCCGUGAUGAUUAUGAAUGCAGUCAUCCGGAUUUGGACGAUCUGGUAUCGGUUAUGCAGCGCAGCGGUGCUUAUGGAGCCCGUUUAACGGGAGCAGGAUGGGGCGGAUGUGCUGUGGCUAUCGUGCCCAAACAGACUGCCGAAGCGUUUCUUAAGAAAGUGGAGGAAGAUUACUUCGCCAAGCAGCCACAGAGGGCGGCUAAAUUACCGGAAGCGCUGUUUAUUACCUCUCCGUCGGAUGGAGCCGGUUUAAUAUCUUAGUCAUUGAAGUUUUUGUCCAUAUUGCUAGCUCAGGGAGCUUUUCAGAGCACUUUUUGCUCUCUUUCAUCACAAUCUCGGUGCUAAAUUAUGACAUUACCAAACCAGUAUGAAGACGAUUCAGAAAUAGACGUCUAUAUUUAUUUACAACUUUGAUAACUGUUCUGUUAUUAGAUCAGAUGUUUCGGAAAAAACAAAAAUUAUCAACCCUUAAA